UUCAAAAUUAGAACAAAAUGUUAUUUGAAAACUUUUUAUGACCGACAACGAACGAACUCAUCUUUAAGGGUAAUACUGAGAAUGAAUUUUAUGUCACAUUCAUAUUAACAUAGCAUCACUUGCAUGAAUAUCUUACUUUGGGGAAACCAUUCAGAAUAAUUGAGCGUAUCCAUCUCAAAAUAUCCAUCAGAAAAGCGUGAAUACUGACUGUAGUCAGUUUGCGCAGCUGUGAUUGCUGAAUUUUAAAAGUAAUCGGAACAAAAAGCCCACCAUAAAAUGUCCGGUCUUGUACACAUAGGCAGCCAACAUCACUAUAUCAUUUCGAUUGAUGGUGAAGUUUUUUUUAGUUUCAAAGUAUGUCUCAUCUCAAAUGGAGACUAGCAUUGAAUUUUAAAUAUAGUAGCAUUCAUUCUGGUCUAGAGCAGCGCGAUCCAUUGCUUCUUGCUAAAUUUGAAACAAAACUUUCUAGCUGGUAAUUUUUUAUGCUUAUUGGCAAAUGGAAAGAGAUAAUCAGAUGGAUUAAUCAAAGUCUGGGUUUUUAAUCUUUCUAUAUUAAAGUUGGACGUGUUAUUUGGCAAACAAUGUUCCUUCCUACUGAAUCCGAUUGGAAUAUUCUGAUUUUUCAUUAAAGCAUAAAAAAUAUUUCAAAUAUCCAAUUUAAUUCAAGUCCAUCAUCUGAACGUUGGAAAAUACUCAAUUGUGUUAACUGUUUCAAGUUCUUCUUUUGGAGACAGAAUUCGUAUGUUAUUUGUAUUUUGACCGAUUUAAUUUGCACUUUAAAUGCAUUAUUUCGCUUUUAUCACUGUAGUGCGAGUAAUGCUCUAGAGCCGCAAGGUACAUGAUUAGAUGGUGAUGAUAACGGGGCAGAUUAGAUUCGAUCUUCUAACCUGUUAAUGGAAUCCCGCUAUGACCUCAGAGUGUCUUUGAUAGACCCAUAAAGCUCCUUUUGAAGUUGACAAAUUCAGACAAUCUGACACGCUGAAGGUAGGCAGGAAGACGAGCAGUUCGCUUACUUUCUGUGUUAUUAUACCAGACAACCACCGAAAGGCUAAUUUAAUUAAAAACUACCUUCAUCAGGAUAUUGACUUUCACGAUGGCCGGUUUGACUUGGUUAAUUCUAACAGGACUAAUGGUCGGAAUACUGUCGUCCACAUCUAAUCCCAACUAUAAUCGAGAAAUCAAAAUUGGCGUUAUUCUUGAGAGACCAGACCUAGACAGUGCAGUCAUGCGAGAUAUCCAGGAGCAGAUCAAUGACAUAUACAAGCCAGACAUCAGGAUCCAGCUACUAAUACGAAGACUGGGAGAAGUCAAUCCUUAUAUGGCAGUGCAGCAUGCUUGUCAGAUGAUGUAUAAUGAAGUGGGGAUAUUCAUAUCAAUGACCUCAUGCAGCACGUACUACACUCUGGCGGGACUGGCGAGUGAGAAGCAAGUGGUCCACAUAGGGGUGAAUCUGAGAAACUGUCAGCAGCAGCAGGGAGACCCAAACUCAUACUCGUACAGCUUCCCUUUUCAGGUGGACAUGAGGAGCACAGUAGACGUUCUUCUAGGAGACAUAGUUCGACUAGAACAGUGGCCGAGUGUGGUGCUACUCUACGAUGAAACUGUAUUCCGAGAACGCGCACUCAGAAUCAAAGCGGACAUCCAACGGAAAGCAUACGACAUCAAAUUCCACGAAAUCAAACUGUUCUUGGAAAACGACCACCGAAGGAUACUGGAGACGAGGUUGAGAGAUAUUAUUAAGGACGGAGAGUUCUUUAAUUUUAUCAUUUUGGCGAGUCAGGAGAACACGUUUAAGAUUGUGUUGACAGCUAAGGAAUUGGGAGUUAAGGGAAAAGAGUAUAACUGGAUUAUUGCCAAUCAUGAAAUAGAUGAAGACGAGUUGAACAAAAUUGACAACUCCACCCGAGCAGUGGCAAUCCUGAGAAAAAGACUGUACAAGACCAACAAAGCAUCAACUCCGAUGACCCGGAGAAAUACCUUUGGAGCUGACCCGGAGCAGGGGGUUUAUGACUACUUUUACGACGCCUUAUUGGUGGCUGCUAAGACCGCAAACAAAACACGCUUCAGCAUCAAGUGGGCUGAUCUGAAACGUGUCGGCUGCACUAGUGGGACAUUUGAACCCUUCAUGUCAGGAAGUCAGCUGCAAUUAGUGAUGAAGGGCACUGAGUUGGUGGGCAAGACGGGUCAGAUUAGAUGUGAGAACAACAGCCUCAUAGACUACAUCAGUGUGAAGCUGAAACACACAGUGUCCACGGCCAAGUCAGGCACCCACUGGGUCGACAUCGGACACUGGGACCAGGAGAGCAAACUCAAUCUCACCACUGAGAAGGCGUUCGAGAUUGGCUACUCGUCUCUUCAAGACAUGACUUUGAAAAUCGUGACAAUUGAAGAACACCCGUUCAUAAUCAAAACAGUGAAGAACGGACAAGUGUCUUACGAGGGAUGCUGUAUCGACAUCCUCAAGGCCAUCCAGAAAGAACUGCACGAUGACAGGUUCAACUAUGAAAUAUACGAAGUGGAAGAUAAUCAGUACGGAGUGGAAGCGGGAGGCAAAUGGAGUGGUCUGAUUGGAGACAUCCUUUACAAGAAAGCACACAUGGCCGUGGCAGGAAUGAUUAGAAACUACGACCGAGAAUUAGUAGUGGACUUCACCGCCUCCUAUAUGGACUACGGGGUCUCCAUCCUCAUUCCCAAACCACAGAAAACGACCAGCAUUUUUGGAUUCCUUGAACCCCUGACAGUCCAAGUUUGGAUCUGCAUUUCAAUCGCUACAUUUGGAAUCGGUUUGAUGCUAUUCGUACUUUCUCGACUUAGUCCGUUUAGUCGCUAUAACCAACUAGGUACUGACGAGUUCAACUUGAAGAACUCUAUCUGGUUUGCUCUCGCGUCUCUAAUGCAGCAAGGCGGAGAUGCCACGCCCCUUUGCGUUUCGGGGCGGAUACUCGGGACAUUUUGGUGGUUCUUCACACUGAUAAUAAUCGCUACUUACACUGCAAACUUAGCAGCGUUUCUGACCGUUACCAGAAUGGAGACUCCAAUUGAGUCGCUGGAUGGUCUGGCUAGUCAGACUAGGAUACCGUACGGUACUGUGUCGCCGAGUAGUCUGGAACAGUUCUUCAAGGAGCAGUCCAAAAUAGACCCUCUGUACGAGAGGAUUUAUAAUUACAUGGACACUGCUGAGCCAUCGCCUAUGGUGAAUGACGAAGAUGAAGGAAUCCGAAGAGUUCUGGAAGGAAACUUCGCCUUUCUUUGGGACGACCCUGUUUUGCAGUACCAUCGAAAACUUCACUGCAAUACACUGACAACAGUGGGAAAGCCGUUCAACCGGAAGAACUACGCUUUUGCAGUUCCAAAGGGAGCACCCUACCUGGAGACAAUCACCAUGAGUAUCUUGAGGCUACAGGAGUCGGGUGAACUGGACAAGAUCAAGGCCAAGUGGUUCGAGGGGGAGUCCGCAUGUGCAGACGAUGACUCUAUCGGCGGGGGAAAAGAGGCGGAGGGUAUUGCAUUGAAAAACGUAGCUGGUGUGUUCUAUAUUCUGGCCAUGGGAGCAGCGCUAGCUUUCUUCACUGCUAUCGUGGAGCUACUCUGGCACAGAUACGUUAGAGGAAACACAGACAACAUUGACAUACCGAUAAAAGGACAACCACAGACACAGUUACACGUGAACAAAAUACAAUUCAUAGAACCUAAUCAACAUUGAUGAAUUAUUAGACACAAAUUAGAUCAAUAUUUGAGUUGAACUCGUAUUUAUAUU